UGGAGACAAACAAUGGAUGAGUCGCUAUGGAAACAAGGUCGUAAACGGACGGCGGCUGUCGUAAAAAGGCUGCUGUAGAAAACGAGUGGCGAGAUAACCUAUUGUGGUUAGAUGAGCGGAGUAGUGAGCCGAGCCGCUAUUCGGGAAAGAAGAGCGAAGAACAAGCACCUUUCUCGUCCCUAUAAAGGCACUCAUGCUAUGCGGACACAUAUGGACGUCCUCGCGCCACGCCAGUCCUCGGCUCUUUUGUGAGGAGAACGCCGGAGGAGCUGGUAUACGAAGAGUUAAGAUUCGACAUCCUAACUGUUUAUCUGAGUGGCUAGCAGGCUAGCUGGGUACAUGCACGGGGGGGAGCCGCAACGGGGAACGGAGCAGUAGCUCGCGUGUUCGGAUCGAUGGGAACCGAACCCAGUAGAAAUUGCCUUUUGUUGCUCUUUUUGUUGCCUUGAAGUGGUCCGAAUCACCCAACGCCUCAACUUUGAAGAAUUGACCGACUGAGAGUCGAGCGUCCGCUGUUACUCUUUUUUUUCUCCUUCCACUUAUCCAGGAAAGAAGUUUAAUGUCACGCAACGCAGGAACAUUGGCGGCUUGCUGGAAAGCUGGCCUGGGACGAAACGGUUCAAUAUUGAAGAUACUGCUUUUUUUGUUUUAACGGCCGUUUGAUUUCCUUAAGCCUUUAAACAUCGGCUAAGUCUUUUUAAAAAAAAUCAAUCUAAAUAAGCCUGCGAACCUCAAACAGUCUAGCACUUUAUCACCUUGAAAUCCUCAAAAACAAAUAGAUCCCUGGAUUAAUAAUGUCACCGGGAGAGGAGAAAAGGGAGGCUUCUGUUAAUUGGUGCUGAUUUUUGAAAAGACUUAAUGUGCCUCGAGGAGUUUGAAGUGCUCCAGUGAUUAGGAUCCCUCUCAUUGCCGGGCUGCCUGUGCUCUUUCUCUUGUGAGUUUUUUUUUUUUUUUGGAAUAUAUUUUUUUUCCUCUACAUGCGAUCAAACAUUAUUGACUCCCCCAGUCGAUAACUUUGGCAACUGGAGUCUCGCCAUCGCAAUGACAGCCAGGGCUUGCUGACUGAAGGUAGCCCAUAAACAGGAAGCCCGGUUGAACAUGACUCAUCAGCCACCGCCAGGGACUGGCAACCUCGCCCCAGCUUGCGGCUCGAGAUGCCAACCCGAUGCGCCCUGACGGAGAGGCAUUAAAAUCAACUCGCUGACACCCGUGUGGAUACUUCCUCCCUCGGCCAAAUUCCUCAAGACGUCCCUUCCCCCCGACUUGGUCCUCGCCCCACCAUGAUGCGCUUCCUCCCCCUCAAACUUGGCCGCGUGUACCGCUGUCUGAAGCUCCUGUUUGUGGUGGGGCUGUUUGUCAUCCUGCUGAUGAACACGCACAAUCUGUUCGCCUCGUUCCAAAAGAACGAGCUCACCGACCGACGCUUCAUCAACCUCAACAAGUGUCCCGCCUGCUUCGGCACCAGCUGGUGCCGCAAAUUCAUGAACGGCCAGGUUUCGUUUGAGACGUGGGGCCGCCUGCGCUUCCUCGACAUCUUUAACGUCAAGAACGUUUACUUCGCCCAGUACGGGGAGCCCAGGGAAGGCACGCGGCGCAUCGUCCUGAAGCGGCUGGGAUCCAACCAGGAGCUGGCCGAGAUCGAUCAAAAGAUCUGCAAGAGGGCUACGGGCAGGCCGCGCUGCGAUCUCAUCCAGGCGAUGUACAAAACGGAAUUUGCCCGGAUCAACGGCGACGUACGUCUUCUGACUCCAGAGGUGGUCGAGGGCUGGUCAGACCUGGUACACUGCCCGUCGCAGCGGCUGCUGGACCGUGUGGUUCGGCGGUACGCCGAGACCAAAGACUCUGGCAGCUUUCUGCUCAAGAACCUGAAGGACACGGAGAGAAUGCAGCUGCUCAUGACCUUGGCAUUCAACCCGGAACCGCUUGUUCUGCAGAGCUUUCCGUCAGACGAAGGCUGGCCUUUCGCCAAGUACCUCGGGGCGUGCGGGCGGGUGGUGGCCGUCAACUACGUGGGCGAGGAGCUGUGGAGCUACUACAACGCCCCCUGGGAGAAGCGCGUGGACCUGGCGCGGCAGCUGAUGGACAUUGCCGAGCAGCUGACCAACAACGACUUCGAGUUCGCCCUCUACCUGCUCGACGUCAGCUUCGACAACUUUGCGGUCGGCCCCCGCGACGGAAAGGUCAUCGUUGUCGACGCCGAGAACGUUCUCGUGGCCGACAAGCGACUGAUCAAGCAGAACAAGCCCGAAAACUACGACGUGUGGUACGAGAGCCGCUUUGAGGAGUGCGACCGGGAGGCCUGCCUGUCAUUCUCCAAGGACUCCCUCUGCUCCCGGGUGACCGUGGACCACAACUACUACGCCGUGUGUCAGAACCUGCUGUCCCGCUACGCCACGUGGCGGGGCACCACCGGGGGCCUCCUCCACCAUCCGCCCGCCCACAUCGCCAAAGAUGGCCAGCUGGAGGCCCUGCUGGACGAGUGCACCAAGCCCAAGAAGCGCUACGGCCGCUUCCAGGCGGCGAAAGAACUGCGCGAGUACCUCACGCGGCUGUCGGCUGCCUCCUCGCCCGCCAGGUAAUCGACGGAGUUUGGCGUCAGCCCGAUGCUUGGAAGGACUGGAUCCUGAGCGCUCUGAACGGCUCCGAACUCAUGAGAUCCUUGAUGUCAUUAGCUCCCCUUUUUGCACAGGGGGCAGGUCCCGAAUUCCUGCCUUAGGAAGAAGACCCCUUCGGUUUUAUGGACUGACUUGACUUUUGAGGAGUCGGCCGCGAACGGGCAUCUGCCGGGAGUGUCAGGAUAGGAAUGAGGAGCAACCUCCUCGGAUGGUUGCGCCAUAUGAAAGGAAAGGGGGCGGGCUCUGAGCGACAUUUUUGCUCGCAGGCUAACGCAACGCGUGCGACCGAGCGGCGCUGACCCCGCCACCCCCCGCCACCCCCUCUCCCCUCCUCCCCCAACCACCACCACGCGAACACGCGCAUCCCUCGUCUUGCUGCCUCAUUUCAUCAUCGCGUUUCAUGACAACAUUGAAUCGAACACCUAUGAAAGUUUGCCCGCGGGAUCUAUCCUUUCUUUUUUUUUUUUUUUCAUGGCGAGAUUUAAAUGGAUGUGCGCAUUUACUUUUUUUGCCGCACCGCUGAUCUUGAUUCCGUUUUAUUUUUUGCCUCAGUAGCAUGCCGCGGGGGGAGAAUACGGAGGUAGCGUGACUCUCACGGCUGUCGGGUGGAAUUGAGGAGGGCAGCCCCCCCUCCCCGUGACAGUUCGGAUGAUUCGGGAAUCUGCUCCAAUCAGUCGCGUCAUUUUCAGGGUCUUUUAUUGUUGUGGUGGCAAUCUUCUUUUUUUUUUUUUUCCCCUCCCACGAACCACCUUUUGUUCAUAGGAACCAGCGAGAAGAACAGGUUACCCACGUAGGAAAAGACAAGCGCGCACUUCUGUGACGAUUUAAGCCGACGUACCAAAGAGGCCGAAGGUAAACGAGGAAACAGCGCCAAGCGACGGCGUCUUCACACGCUUGUUAUCAUCCAAGGAACGUUUUUGUUUGACCAUUUGCGCAAAUAGUCGCCAUUAACUCAGUCAGUACCAGCCAAUUCUGGACCAAGUCUGAAAAGACGUUUCAAAACGUCUUUGGGAGUGAAUGAGUUCAUACUUCAGUCCGUCGACUCGAUUCGUCCCAUGUAAAAAGCCAGCUGCUAACCAAAACAGCAACACCUUCGGAGGUCGUCCCAAGUCUGGAGUCCUGUGCAGUAUCCCUGUCGGCAUCUUUAAGUUUUUUUUUUGUUUUGUUUUGUUUUGCCAUCUUCACUGACACCGUUGGGACACUUUACCGUUCACUGUCAGCAAAAAAUUUCUCGUUAAGACUUUUGAUAUUUUGGUCCACGUUGUCGCCCGAUCUGCCUCGUUUCUCAUUCCUCGCGAUUUCGCCAAUCGGAUGUGCGCUGCGCAGUGUCGCGUAGCGCGGUCACCCGUGAACGUGUGUGGGGAAAAGCAAUACAAAAGGGGAUUAAAAAAAAAAAACGUACGAAUAGUUUGGCUAAUGGCUUUUUGGAAAAUGGCCUCUUUGUUGUGUUCCGAUCCGUUUCCCGUCAUCACGUCCAAGUGACUUUUUCCCCCCCCGCCCCAUUUGAGGAGUUUGUACGUGCGUGACUUAACUGUCGACUUUUGUACUGUCCCAUUUCCUUUGGAGUAAUAUUCUAUCAGCCUUGUCUGAUUGUUCCUGUGCCUUUCAUUGAAAAGUUGUACUGAACAACUUUUAGUGGGUUUAAUUAUUGAAAUAAAAGAAGAUAUCUAUAUCUAUAUAGACAACGAUA